UACCCUAUCCUUGGAUUCCUGGCGAAGAUGGCGGAUAAGAUGAACCAAUCGAAACUUUGAAUUCUGCAGCUCCUUGGGAGGAGUCGGGAGGAGCAAUGCUGUGGGAGACUUUUUUGUGCUGCAUUUUUUUUCGGGAACACAUCUUCGUAUAGGCUUUGAAUUACAAGUGAAGAUACAGUAUUAGUGCUUUGGUGAGCGCUUAAUAAAUACCAAGGACCACCACUGAACCAUCAUUCUGGAGGGAGACGUUGCUAAGAUGGAAAACGUUAAAGCAGAAGAUGAUCAACUGCCCUGCACUGGAACAUGUGCAGAAGAUGGAUCAACCCUUGAUAUACAGGAAGGUUUUAAACUGGAGGAAGCCAAUCCCAUUGAAGAUGGAUCUGAAUUGCAAUAUCCCUGCAUUAAACAUGAGGACCCUACUGUUAAAGAGGAGGUGCUUGAAGUACAGCUUGCUCAAAUUAAAGAGGAGGUCCCUUCUCUGAAUCAUGGUGAAUUAGCACAGGACGGAAGACAAACGUCUUCUACCAGCACAACAAUUAGAUUCCAGCACUGGAGAUUUCGCAAUGCCUUUACCUUCAAAGAAGAGAAAGGCAAGAAUAUACUUGUUGAGUGCAACCUGUGUCGACCCAAAGAGAAGGUGCUGUCUACAUCAAAGUCUUCAACAUCCAAUUUAAAGAAACACCUUGAGAGAGUGCACGCUGAAUAUUGCAAGAAGACUGGAAAACACAGUGUGACGCUGCUGGACACGGAUGAUGACAGAGCAUUAGACAGCUCAUUGGCAGUGGCUUCCAAGAAUAUAAAGCUUGUCCAGUGGCAUCCUGUGCAGCCGACAUUACACCAGUUCAGCUCAUGUCCAAGCCAGGAAACAGUUGAUCGACUCAUCAUGGAUUUCAUCAUUGAAGAUGCUCAGGCAUUCAACAUUGUGGAGCAGCCAUCUUUUAUCAACCUUGUGAAGGGUCUUGCCCCUAACUGCAGGGUUAUGUGCCGCCAGACGCUUGCUGAACGAGUUGAGCAAGCUUAUGAAAACAUGAAGGUCCAGUUGAAGGCCAAGUUUGAAAAAGUCCACAAUGUCUGUACAACCGCUGACAUCUGGAGAGCGCAUGGUCGGAGUUUCUUAGGUGUAACAGCUCACUGGCUUGAUGGUAAUUCGGUGGAGCGCCACUCAGUUGCCUUGGCAUGUUGUAGAAUUACAGGGCCCCACACCUAUAAUCUUAUAGCAGCAAAACUUGAAGAAAUUCAUGCAGCUUUUGAAAUUCACACGAAAGUAUGUUGUACUAUAACAGACAAUGGCUACAACUUUAAGUCCUUUAAAGAAUUUGCAAACUUUCCUAAGACUGAAGGAGACCAGGCACCAGAAGAUGAGGAGGAAGACAUAGUCAUGUUUUCAGACCUUAACCAUAUUCUCACUGAGGGUUACCUUGAUGAUGCUGCAACAACAUUCAGUCUUCCACAUCAGCGGUGUGCAGCCCAUACACUUAACCUGGUAGCAGCAAAAGAUGCACAUGACUUUCUGAGCACAGGUCCGCUGGCCCUAAAGAUGCUGUUCCAGUCAACCAUUGCAAAAUGCUGUGCUCUAUGGAACAAGAGUAAAAUGUCACCUCAGGUCUAUGCACUCUUUGCAGAGAAGGCAACAACUCAGUUUAAAUGGAAUUUGUUUUUCCGUGCUUGCAGCAAGAUGCGAAGCAUUCCCGAGGAAGUUCUGCAUAAUAUUUGUGAUGGUUUGAAUGUGGAAAGGCUGGGAGAAACAGAGCUCACUUUCCUGGAUGAGUACUGCAGUGUAAUGGAGCCUCUUGCCUGUGCUCUUGAUAUCUUGCAGGGUGAAUCUAAAUGCUUCAUUGGUUAUCUCCUGCCAACCAUCUCAGCGCUGCAGACAAAGCUUGGGGCUGUGAAGCACAAACUCAAAUGUGCAGGACCUAUGGCAGAUGCAGUUUUGGCAGCUCUCCAAAAGAGGUUUGGCUCCUGCUUUGAGGAUUGUAAAUUAAUCCUUGCCAGUAUAACCAUCCCUCAAUUCCGUAUGCGCUGGAUGAACGAGCAGAGUGCAGAACAGGCAUACGGCUACCUUCUCAGUGAGACUUCCCUCACUGUGUCUGAGACACAAGCUCCUGAAAUGGACACUGAUGAUGACGAGUUCUUCCAGUUUGACUCCUGCAAUAAGCCAUCCUUAGGUUCAGAAGAUGAAGUAUUCCAGUUCUUUAGGGAUGGGGACAAAACCUUGUCCUGUGUGCUUAAGUACCCAGUAAUCAAGCAAGUGUUUAUCACCUACAACACCCCUCUACCCUCCAGUGCCCCUGUUGAACGCAUGUUCAGCAUUGGGGGCAGGGUGCUGACGCCUUUGAGAAACCAGUUAAGUGAUGUCUUGUUUGAGAAGAUGGUUUUACUACGUUUCAACAAAGGGGAAGUUAAUUAAAUGAUUGUAAUUUUGUUAGAAGUAUUUUAUUCAAUUUUAAUGUUUGUUUUAUUUUAGAAAUAUUUGAUUUAAUGCACAUCGUUAACAGAAACCAAUUAGUUAUAAUUAAUUAUUUUCAAAAAAUGGUUUAUGCUGAAAGAAAAUAAUAAUGUGGUGUAAAUGUGAAACACGAUUUAAAUUAUACAAAUAAUAAUAAUACUUGACCUCUGAGUUAACUGUGUGUGUUUUUUAUUGGUAGCUCUUUAUUUGUAGUAAUGAAAGUACUCAGUAAUCUAAUAUUACUAUUAUAAGAAAGUAAUCGGUAAAAUGUAACAGAUUACUUUUUGGAGCUAGCAUACAAUAGUGUAUUACUUUUUCCAAGUAAUAUUAUUAACAUCCCUGCUCACAGUUCUAUUGUUUUUCAAGUUCUGAGUCACAAUCUCCAAUAAUUUCAUGGAACAAUAAAUAAUUUCACGACAAUAUAGUCCAGUUUAAGAUGUAAUGCUCCUACAUAAUACCCUGCAGUCUCUUAGACAGAGUUGACCACCAGAUACAAUAUGAAUCAAUAAAUAAAUAUGUAUUACAUGUCGUGACACAAUUCACCAGAACAAAAAACACCAAAUUGCUCGCGACUUUUGUCUGAUUCAGGUGCAUUUCUGCGUUUGUUUACAUGCCAUUUUGUAGCGAUAGCGAUGCAGUGCACUCGUGGAAAUUGUAAUAUAUUCUGGAAAGAUUGAAUAAACCAAUUGAAUUUAAGUUUGGUGCUGAUGAGUUAUCGGGUUAUAAAGCAGUGCUGUAUCAGUUGUGAACGAAUCACUAUCAGUGCCAAAGCCAUGUUCUUUUAAGUGGAGCAUUUACAAUGGGGAAAAUCAGUUUCACCACACGGUUGUUCUCUUAGCCGCAGUGUUCUCUUAGGAGGUGUUCCUAUACGCUGAGACUACUGUACACCCUUCCAGGCGGCUUCAGAGAAGUUGUUUGGUCUAUUUCACCUGGGCAAUUCAAAUAAGAGCACUUUCCUGUGAGCUUUGAGUUGCAUUUAAUUUGGCUCUGAACAUGCGCAGUCUUAACCCUAUAGCAUUCUAGACUGAAACGUCAGGUUUUGGUUUACAUCUGUUUCACAUUAGCUGACACAGCAAUCUUGCAUAGAAUGGACCUAAAUAAUAGAAACCCUUUCCUCUGCUCAGCACUGGACCCCUUUAAGCCCAUUUAAUAGGAAACUGAAACCAGACUAACAUUGGACUCCUUCCAAAUGCAUAUCUAUACACAGAACACAAUAUAACAUGUUUAUUUUAAACCUUACCUUCUCAAGGAAAGGCCAGCUGUGUUUCACUACCUAUUGACAAGGAAGAUCCUCUGCAGCAAGAGAACAGCGAAGGCUGUCAAUUCAGGAGUGGAACACUCUCCGCUUUUCACACCUGUUGAACCGUUGCUUGAAAUACAUAGCAGUCAAAACUCCAGCUGAGUAUAUGCCAUUUUCACCAAUGAAAUCGUAGAACCACAUUGUUGAUCAUACAAAUUCGUAUGCCAAGCAAAUGGACAUAGAUACCACCAAGAGCAACGAAAUAAGAAUUUGUGUUGGUAUUCUUCUGGGCAUUGGUAGUCUGCCAUUAAUUGAAAUCCACUGGGCUUUCCAAAUUCGGGUGCCACAAGUUGCAGAUGUAAUGGCUUAUCCACUUCAACGACAAUACAUCACAGGCUGAAAGCCCUGAUUGUUUCUAUACGUGGUUUGUUUUAUCACGUUUAGGGAAACAUAACUGGCCAUUCCUGCCAUGCAUAACGUCAGUUGAUGAUGUAUUGGUAAAGGGUGCACAGGCUGGUAACCUCAGGCAAUAUAUCCAUUUCUCUGUCAUGCCUUUUCCAAUGGAAAAAAAAAUCUGUUGUGAUUGUUGUGCACUGUGACACAUUCUUUACAUGUGUUUUGUUACCUACUUGCACUGUUCAGGUACUGUAAGGGAAAACAGAAUGGUUGAUGCAGACCUGCCUCCUUCUAAGCAAAUGGUUAAAAAACCUUGUGGCUAUUGGGAUGUCAAAUCAAGUGAAGGCAUCAUUGCUGUGAAAUGGCACGACAAUGUGCGUUCUUCCUCAGGAAUGCUGCUGAGAGAACCCUGUGCCUGCUGUUCUGCGCUACAACAAAGAAGAUAAGAUCUUAGGUGAUGUGCUCACACAUUUGCACAAGAGAUGGUACAGUAUCUCCCCAUAUUUAGAUAUCUGUUAACAAUGGCAGUUUGUAAUAGCUGUCUUACGUGCUCAUCCCAUGGAUGUGGUUGCAAAGUGUGCCCCUUGGUCAGCCAGGCCUUGUGGAAACUAGAUAUGUUGUCAAGCAUCUUCCAGUGUGUGAGCCAGUGAGGCAAAUGUGUAAGUGUAUAUAUUUAUUUGUUUGUCAAAACCUGAUGGUGCUAUAGUAAAUGGCUAAAUAGACAGUUGGCUCAUUGCCUUUCCUCAGAAAGG